AUGGAGCACGCUCAGAAGUAUGAUUGUUUCAUCAUCAUUGCUUCAGGGCGUUUCACUGAGCAUGAAACCAAGCUGGCCCAAGAAAUUCAGAAAAUGAACAAGAGGUUUUACUAUGUGCGCACAAAAGUGGAUGUUGACAUGAAUUCUGAAAGCAAGAAGCAAAACUUCAGUAAGGAACAAACCCUUGAGAAGUUACGGAAGAACUGCUGUGAUAAUCUGAAGAAGGCAGGAGAAUCUUCUCCAAAGACUUUUCUAGUAACAAGGAAGGAUUUGGGUAGGUAUGAUUUCCCUCUCCUGUAUGACACCUUAGAGAAAGACCUGGAUGAACACAAGAGACUUGCUUUACUAAUGGCCAUGCCGACUUUCUCAAAUGAAAUGUUGAAAAAGAAAAGGGCUGCAAUGGAAGAACUGAUAUGGAUGUUAGCAUCUGCGUCUUGUGUUGGUGGGCUCAUUCCUAUCCCAGGUCUCUCUCUUGCAUGUGAUAUUUCCAUCCUGGUGGGAGCACUGAUACGUUUCUGCAAAGCUUUCUGCUUAGAUGAUGAGUCCCUCCAUCGGUUGUCUGAAAAGGUUGGCAAACCCAUCAAAGAGCUGAAGUCUGCCAUCAAAAACACCCCAAUGAUCAAGAACAUCACACCAGACCUUGUAAUGAAUCUCUUGUUAAAGUCAACAGCUUGUGUAACACUAUCACUAGUAGAACUGGGUUUAGAUUUUGUACCUGUGGUGGGCUCUCUGUUUGGAGGAAUUAGUUCUUUUGCUGUGACAUAUUUCAUCUUGCACCGUUUUCUGCAAGAUGUUGAGGUGGAUGCUGCCAAUGUUCGGGCAGUAGCUGCCCAGCCAUAGGAAUCCCAGCUACAGAUCAAGGGUAUACUAGCAUGAGACUAAAACUCAAACCUGGGAAAAAAGAAAAUGGGAUGGGAAUUUCCAAACAAAGUUUCAUCCCUCUUUUAUCCGGUGCUCGAUCCCCAGUGCUCGAUCCCCCAAAACUAAGCGCUGCUGUUGCAGAUAAAGAAUAGUGAUAUUGCAGAUUUUAGCAGCCAUGGCCAUUUUGUGAAGGAAACCUCCAUCUUGUCUGGCCCAGCUGCAAAAGCCUGGCUUGGCAUAGAGGAUGCUUCAUAGCAUGCUUCAAAUAUGCUUAAUUUAAUAAAACAUUUUUGUCUCAUCUUUCAGAAUAUGUUUCAAGAUGGCUUACAGAGUAUAAAAUCAGCAAUAAUAAAAAUACAAUUCAUAAUACAGUAAGUAAUAAUAAAUUGAUUAUAAUAAAUACAAUCGAUACUAACAGAAUACCAUCUAAUUAAUCCAAUAAUAAGCAAAAAAGAAUAAAUCAAAUGUAGGAAAAUAAAUAAAAAGAAUGAAAAUAAUUAAAAUAAAAUAGAAUAAAAUGUGACUGUUAACUUCAAGAUCUAAAAGUCUAAAACUCUAAUUCUUAAAACGAGGGUUAAAUAAAAAGGUUUUCACCUGGCAUCAAAAAGA